CUUAGACGAAUUAGUAUUAGUUUACCUAAUAAAAGUUGUUAAAUUUACCCAAAUACCCUGUCUGUUAGCGAUUCUAUCACUUCAUAUACGAUGUGGGAUCCAACGCACGUUCAAGUAACGGUCCAAAGAGCCCGUGGACUACUAAUUAAAGGUAAAAACGGUACUAACAAAUGUUUUGUUACCAUUGCCCUCGGCAAAGAAAAAUUCCAAACAUCCGUGAAACACAAAGCCACUGAGAAUGUAGAGUGGCUUGAGGAAUGCGAGUUGCGUAUACCGUCCCAGGGUAACACUGCAGAAAUUGUUUUGAAAGUGUAUGAUGAAGACAUUGUUAAAGAUCAUUUACUAGGUCAAAUAUCGAUUCCGUUAAAAGACCUCGAUGUUUAUGAGAGGCCUAGAAACCGUUGGUACACUUUGCAAGGCAAGUCAGGGAAGGAGAAUGACAAAAAUAGAGGCGAGUUAGAGGUCAAGAUUGCCUUUACUGUAAAGGAGGGCAGUUUGACUGACCUGAGCAAAAAAGACAAACAUAAGUCAUCCUUAUCUAGCAUCGCCCAAAACGUAGGUGGUAGUCUUAUGAGCAUUGGCAGUAUCGAAAAACGCAAGGGUUUGAAAAAGUUUGCUAAGAACUUAGGAUCAAAAAUGAAUUUGACAAAAAAGGAUAAGAAGAGUGAUUCAUCAUCUCUAAGUGGAAGCAUUGGAAAUCUUAAAAACUCUGCACUGUCCACACCAGACCACUCAACCCCUAAGACUUUACCAACAGAGGCAGACCCAGGUGUCAUUAGUGAGGAUGAAGAUGAAUUUGCUUUUGAUGACUUGUCUCACAAAAGUUCUGGCAGUUCCCUCAAUGUCAACACACUACCGCGAGGCCAUAAAUACACACCUUCCCCAAUGAAUGCUUCUCUUGAAAACCUGGGAGGUGGAGAGUUUUUGAGAAGAUCUACUAGUAGUAAUUUAGCAAAUUCUGACAAGUCCAUUCCAGUGCCUCAAAAACCUGUGCGACUGAGCCUUGACACAUUUACUUCUCCAAGGCCACCUUCCCAGAUUAUUGACAAGGAUGAUGAAUGGUCCCAAAAGCUUUACUCCAAAAGGCAAUCUCAUACAGUCAGCCAAACUAUGAUAGACAGGGAAAAAUCUGCAAGCCUUGAAAGAAAUAAAAAACUUGACAGUCCAAGCUCUUUGAAAGAAAAACCAAGUCCAAAAUUCUUUAAGAAGUUUGGUAACAACAACAAACCCAAAAAGUUGCUUGAAGAAAGAAUUAUUGUUGGAGAAGAAAAUAUUGUUGAAGAAGACUCCAUCAAUCCUGUGUACAACAGCAUUCCCAAAACAGUUCUGCAGCAACUUGAGGGCAAGUCUAAAGAAGAUCUGAUUGUAAUGGUGUACAACAUGCAAAGAGAUGUAGAAACAGAAAAGAAGAAAACCAAAGAUAUGGAAAAUUAUUUGGAUGAGCUACUAUUGCGAGUGAUGGAAACAACUCCGAGAAUCUUGCAAAAUCCUUACUCUAGAAAUAACAGCAUGCACAUAAGGAAUAAGUAAUUCAUGUCCUUAUAUUGGAUUGGACAUGUCUUUGAUAAAAAAAAAUCAUUGUUUAAUUAUUAUUUUUGUAUUGAAAACAAUAAUGAGAAAUAAUGCUAGCCUUAUUGUUCUUUCCAAUAUAAAAGCCCAUUAUUCUAGGUAUUUUUUCCAUUAUUACUACAGGUAUCUUAAGAAAGAGAAUGGCAUGACUAUUUUCUAGAAUUUUAACUAAGCGUUGUCUAUAGGUUAAUGCUCAACUUUCACUAUGUGAAUGAGUGCAAACAGGCCGGUUUAAUGUAAUCAUCUAUGUGCCUUACAUGUUUGAAAAAGUCUGUGAUACUAAUUGGUUAUAAAUCAAUUUUCCUUCGUUUUAUAAAAUGUGGUCCAUUCUUAACAUAUCUACUUAUGAAAUGAAUAUAUUUUCCAUUUUUAGUGCCAAACUCACAUCAUCCACAUAAAUUAUUUCUAAAAUUUAUUUAACAGUCUGUUGUUCCAAUCUUGGAUUUGUAUAAUGUAGGGUUUUUCAGACAUGAUUUUAUUAUUAUUGUGUAGUUUUUAAGUUAAAGUGAAUGUAUCCACUACUAUACUUGUAUUACCUUACUUUUAAGAAACAAUUAGACUUCUAUUUAUAAGAUGCCAGAGUGCAAUAUCUGUGGGUUAAGCAUUGUAAGUAGAUGCACACUACUUCUAAAAGACUAAUUGAUAUUUAAAACUAGAUCUUUAAUUAUAUUUCUGAACGGGCCCACUGACUAUUAGUCUGCCAGACGAUAUCGGCCUGUCAGUUGUUCGGAACUGUAAAAUUUUUGUUCUAACAGACAGGCCGAUAUCGUCUCACCAACUGAUAGUCAGUGGGCUGGGCCCCUCAAGUCCACGGGCCAACAUACAAUAGUUUACAAAGGAUAUUAUCAAGUUACAAGGUUAUUUUUUCUUUUUUUUUUUUCAUUUCCUAAAUGCUACUAAAAUUGUUGGCUUCAUUUCUAAUGGUACUAUUACAUAAUGUUGAAGUUUUUUUACCUAUUUACAAAAUGUAUUUCCAUAUAAAUAGUAAGAUUUUCUCUAUUCAGUUGAAACUGUUAAAUGUCUGAUUGACUUGGUGGCAAAACUGGACCUUAAAAGCUGUAGCCCAUGGUGGGUUCUUCCUAGUAGUUACCAACAAGUUGUUACCAGUGGUAACCACUGUUAACUACUGGAAAAAAUAAUUCCCAGUAACUACAUAAGUCAAUUAGUGUUUCAGUAAACUGCCUGAAGUGAUCGGUUAAUUAUUUUUCCCAGUGGUAAAAAAAAAUCCCAGUAGUUACCAAUGGUAACAACUUGGUGGUAACCAGUGGGAAUAACCCACCCAUGAUCUAUGUUGGCAGUGGCAACUCAUUGAUUGAAUUUAUUACUACCUAUUACUUUAAUUUAAUACCUACAUUUGCAAUACUGUUAAUUAGCCUAAGGUUUUUUUUUUGUUUGUGAUAAUUUUGUUCAAAAGACAAAUGGAACAAAAUAUAAGAGUAGGUUGUAUUCGACUCAUAGUUAUUAAUACAUAACUUAUGAGAGUAUUUAAUUAAUGGCUGUAUGAAAGUGCAAAGACAUGAAUAACAGCCAAAAUGAAAUAUCUAUUUUUUGAUGAUUAACAAAAUGUUUAUUUUUCCACAUUGGUGAACUACUAACUCUUAAAUUAAUUUAGUAUUAAUAUCUAAAAGUUAAGAGGCAGAUAAGUUUGCUAUAACACUGAGUAUAAUUAAAUAAAUUAUAUACUAACAAAUGCA